AUGGCGGAAAAGGUGAAGAAGAAACCUUCCUUCUUUUUGAACUUCAAAAGGUUUAACAGCCACCGAGGAGAUGAGACAGUCAUUCCGACAACUCCUCAAGUGCAGACUGCUCCAGCGAUUUAUCGGUCAACAAGUUCACGACAAGUCAACUCUAAUAUACCGGAUAUUAUGAAACCUAGAAAUAUUAUACCUUUUAUUUUUUAUGACUUAUCCAGGUUAUCUGGUGGCAUCAAAGACUUAAUCCAAUGCUCUUUGUGCCUAGAGAUUCUCUCUAGACCAAAGAUGUUACCGUGUCAACACACUUUCUGCUGCAACUGUUUAAAAAUCUACGUUGCAGAUCUCCCAAUAAUCAACUGUCCCAUCUGCCGUACGAGAAUACAAGUACACAGUGUAAAUUUUGUGGAAGACCUUCCAUCAAACCUUUACAUAGAUACCCUGCUAGCCAUGGUCGGGGUUACCGAAGACAAGACUAAACCAGUAACCCCGCCAUCGACGCCGCUGAACAAUAACCUGCAGAGUGUAGAGCUGUUUGCUGCAGGAGUCAGAUGUUCGCACUGCCUAACUAUAUGUGAUAAUUUGGACAUCUCUAACUGUGAACAUUGCAAAUCGAACUUCUGCAAAGUUUGUUGGUUACAACAUUUAGAUGACAUGCGAAUCCAAAUUGGUUCUAUUUUGAAAGAGCUGGACUCUGCUGCCAGUAGACUUGAACACAAAAUUGAGCAUUAUGAGGACAGAUUCGAUCGUAUCAUUGAACAAAUAAAUAUGGCAGCAGAAGAAAAGGUCAACGCUAUCCUGGAAGCAAAAAUGGCUUUGAUAACAGAGGCAUCUGAAUUACAUAAAAGUGGUGAAAUGACAGCUUUGGCGUUGAAAGAAUCUGUGGCAGAGGCUCAAGAUGUUGCUAAACGAGCUAUGACAAUAAGGGAGAAUAUUGAUGAUGAUCAGGUGAUGACCUUCAUAAAUUUACAUACAAACACAUUACAACUUUUGACCGAAGUCUCCAAAUGGGAUGCGGAGAAGUAUACUUUUGACAAAGAAAACUUCCGAAUAGAAUCAGAUUCUAAUACGCCUUAUGACGCCGAAUCAGAUGAUCCUUUACCUGAAGCAGCAAAACAAAAUGAUCCUAUGGAGAGUGAUGCAACUUUAACUCUACAUUAUAGAUCCCGUAACUUCAUACCCCAUUACAUAUGGCGGAAAACGUCCCGGCCGUCCGGCGUCGGCAUCAGUCCGUGGAACAACCACCUCUACAUCUGCGGCAUGGACAGCCACAGUGUGCUGGUGGUGGAACGGUCGCAAGCCAAGAUUGUCACGAGACUGUCUUGUGACGAAAUGCUGUGCCCAGUCCAUAUCGCGUUUAUGAAGAGUUUGGGAGAGAUUUAUGUGACCGAUAAAUGGAAGCACUGCAUACACGUGUUCUCAAAGGACGGCGAGUACCUCCGCUCCAUCGGACAGAAAGGCAGCAGAGUUGGCAUGUUCCGAUCUCCCGAGGGCAUAGCGACUGACAACGCACAACAUCAUAUUUAUGUUGUUGAUACUGGAAACGAUAGGGUUCAGGUUAUCCAGUCUGAUGGAAAAUUCGUAGACCAAUACGGUGUAGCGACCAAACAGCAACCAAUGCACACAACAACCGUAUGGGAGACCAAGGAAAUACUUUGCACCGAAUUCAACGGACCCACCGCAGUCGCUGUAACCAACGACCGCGUAAUCAUACUCGACAGCGGUAACCGACGGGUCAAAGUAUACAACAAACAGGAUAAAAGUAAAAUUAUCGAGUUCGGAUCGUUGGGGCAAAGAAAAGGCCAAUUCCGACAGCCAGAAUGUCUAGCGGUUGAUCCGAUGGGCUUCAUCUUAGUAGGGGAUUCGGGGAACUGUCGCGUACAAGUUUUUAAACCUAACGGACAAUUGGUAAGGGUGUUCGGAAGGUUAGGGAGUGAGCCAGGGAAGUUUGGAUGGAUAUCCGGUAUCUACGUCACUAAACAAUUGGAUAUCAUUGUUAGUGAUACUAAAAAUCAUAGCGUUAACUUUUUUUAA